UCAUGAGAUGGGAAGUCUAAAGCUUAUUGCGCAAAAGGAUAAUAUUAGUAUGCUCAUGUCUUUUCCCGACAUUUCCAUAUCUUUUCCACCCUCCCCUAAUUCAUGUGCGAAACUACAAAUUUGGCUAAUCUCCUACUCCAUCUAAUUACCCGCGUAAACUCCAACAAUCGAAAUAAACCUAAAAAUCCUUCUCAAUUGAUCAUGGAAGACCCAAAAUCACCCGAUGAAGACGACAAUUUCUUAGAUGCAUCCGACGAAUUCCCCUUCUAUGAUUGCCCUAAUUCCUUCGAUCCAUCAUCAUCAUGUUCAACAUUUUCUCUCUCAUCUCCUUCGAACACCAAUUUCUACGCCUCAAACCUCCGCCGUCGCCGAUCACAUCGGAAAUCGCACCGGGAUUCGCGCGACCGCGAGAAAUUGGCCGAAAAAUCGACUUUAACUACACUCGAAUCAACGUCGGAAAACGCCACCGUUUCGACCGUAAAUGCCGAGAUUAAAGAGAACUUAACAGUUACAUUGGGAAAUAAAAGUCCGGAUGAUUCGCCGACAGAGAGAGGGAAUGAUGAAGGGCAGUUAAGUUUGUUGGUUUUUCUAGCUGAAUUUAUAGUUAAAGCAAUUAUGUUCCAAAUUAAUUUAUUGAUUAGUUUUAUUACAUUUCCUUUUUGGACACUAUUUUAUGGUUUUAUGCUUGUUAUAAAUCCAUUUUAUGUAAUUGGAUUAGGUAGGAGUUAUUUGUUUCGGAAAUUGAUGAGAUUAUGGAGACUUGUUAGUGAUGCAUUGACCCCAUAUGUAUCAGAAUGGUUUAAGGAGCAUAAAUAUGUGUUGAACCUCGUGUUGCGUUAUGGUUGGGGGUUGUUUUGGUCUCUUUAUGUGUGUUCUAUACUGGUCAGUUUGUUGAUUUUGGCGUUCGUGAUUGGUGGGGUGAUGAUGAGGUUUUAUGUUGUCCAAGAGCCGUUUCAGUUAAAGCAGGCAUUGAAUUUCGACUACACGAAAACUAGGCCGGAAGCAUUCGUGCCUAUUAUAAGUUGCGAGGCUGUGGAAUGUGGCGAGAAAUAUGAGGGUGUGAGUGUUGGGAGUGGUUUAAGAGUUAUACCUCUUAAUCACAAGUUGCAGGCUACUGUUUCCUUGGCUUUGCCGGAGUCUGAUUAUAAUCAAAAUUUGGGGAUGUUUCAGGUAAGGGUCGACUUCGUGUCAGAGAAGGGUAAAUCUCUUGCCAGUUUAAGCCAUCCAUGCAUGCUGGAGUUCAAGAGUAAACCGCUCCGUCUAUUAUUGACAUUUUUCAAAAUCAUCCCUCUGGUUGCUGGGUAUGUGUCCGAGUCACAAACCCUAAACCUAAAAUUUAGAGGGUAUACCGAGUCUGCCCUUCCUACUGCUUGCUUGAAAGUUAUACUCGAACAAAGAGCAGAGUUCCGGCCAGGUGCGGGUAUUCCUGAAGUAUAUAAUGCAUUUUUACAUCUGGAAUCUGAACUCCCGUUCUUUAAACGAAUCCUAUGGUAUUGGAGGAAAACUAUAUUUGUUUGGGUCAGUAUGACGUUGUUUGUGGUGGAAUUGUUGUUUGCUCUGGUAUGCUGUAGAUCUGCAAUUAUGCCAAGAACAAGAGCAAGGGGUAAUGCUGCUUGAAACAACAUCUCAUCCACUUCAAAGGUAGUUUCUGAUAUCUGCUAGCUCCUUUUCUUUCAUCAUGAAUAUGGUGGAGGAUUCAAACCAGUGCUUCAGAUUUUUUUGAACUAUUUUUGUGCUAACCUGUAAAUUUCAGUUGAUUUUUUCUUCUUUUCCCCUAGAGAGAUUUCUUUCUUUUGUUUAAUUCUUUUUUAACAUGUCAUAGUUGUCAUAGCAUUUGUCUCAACUUGAAUAUCGUUGUACAUCUCUAAAACACAAUUUCGUGAGGUGAAUAUCUUAUAUUGGAUCUGUACAUUUUCAAUGGUAAUUAUUUCAUUUAA